AUGUGUACGUAUAUAGGAGCUUACAGGAAAAGAAAAAUUUCGUCCACGUCCCCAUUCGAUAACUUUCGUGAUUACCGAGAAGAAGCGCGGAUUAGAGAAUCUGGUGAAACUUCAUCAUAUAGUAGUAAGAAGCGAAACUUGAAUGAUCUAUUUAGGCCACCAAUUGAUCUAAUUCAUCAUGGAGAUUUUGAAUCUGCUCGUCAAAGGUGUCGAACAGAACAGAAAUGGCUACUAGUUAAUUUACAGGAUAUGAAAGAAUUUAGCUGUCAAGUAUUGAAUCGGGAUGUCUGGAGUAACGAUAUCGUGCGGGAUAUUAUUAAAGAAAGUUUCGUUUUUUGGCAGGUUUACCAUGAUAGUGAAGAAGGAUAUCGAUAUGCGCGGUUAUACAAUGUUUCCUCUUAUCCUCACAUUGCUAUAAUAGAUCCCCGUACAGGAGGAAAAUUACUAUCAUUAUCGAAAACUGAAGCUUCUACUUUUUGUACUACAGUAACUCGAUUUUUAUCAGAAAAUCCUAUGAUCGAGUCACCAUCAAAGAACAGGUCAAAGCGAAAGACAAAUAUAAUAGAUCAUAGCGAGGAGUCACAAUUAGAAGCUGCUAUUGCAGCAUCAAUACAAGAAUCUUGUGUAAAUCAUAAGACCAGUGAAAAGGUAGAAGAAACAGUUAUUUUAGAUAGUGAUAGCGAUGUCAUUCUUUCCAAAAGCGAUGAUGACUUUAACGAAAGCGACAGUUGUGAGGAAGAUAUAGGUAUAAAAAAUGAAAUUCGUAAACCAUCCAUUGAAAGUGAGAAAUCUAUUAGUGAAGUAAUGGUUAUAAACUCUGUUGUAAGAGAAACUGAUGAGGUUGAUUUGACUAGAAGUAAAGAUCAACUUUUACCGGAAUAUACGCAUACAAAUCCUAUUAAAUUUUUACUUCGUUUUCCUAAUGGAGAAAGAAGAUAUGCAUCCUUUCAAGCCAGUGCUACUGUUAAGGAAUUGUUAAAGUUCGUUUCAGAUCAAGGAUAUGAUAUGCGAGAGUACGAACUAAUUACAGCAUUUCCCCGCCGAAAUGUAUCAAGCUUUCCGUUGAAUUCAUCUUUAGUUAAUAACGGGCUACAAGGAAAUGAUACAAUAUUUGUACAGAUGAAAUAA